CACACGCAUGUUUAUUUCGAGUUUAAUUCGAGUAUGCUAUUAUUACAAGAACCAAAACUAGAGAUGAAUGGGUCCAUUAAUUUUUUUUUUCUUUUUUUUAGGAAUAAGUAGCAUCUUUGAUUCUUUGUACUUUUCAACUUAAGUAAAGAAAAUAGAUCUUGAACAAAAUGUGACUAAAAUGGUGGAUAUUGAUUUAAUCAAAAACGUUAUUAGGUGACAGAGAGAGAGAGAGAGAGAGAGAUAAGGAUUAGGUUUAAGGAUUGGGAGAAGGAUGAAGAGAGGGGUUUAGGUCGACCAACUGGUUGUUAAGGAUUGAAACUCCUUAACCAUACAUUUAUAUAUAACAUUUUCACAAUAAUUGUCAUCUCUUUACCAAAGACUUAACUCCAAGAAUCAACAAGCACCAAGCAAGAAGCAGGAGGUUCAAGCACCAACUAGAUAUAUUAUGGCUUUCUGAAGCAAUCAAUAUCUUCAGAAAAACAAAAAGUUUUUAUUUGAUUUUUCUUCCCUCUUUUUUAUAUUAAAUAAAAAAUAUAAUUAUCUUUUUUCCAUUCCUUUUUUUUUUUUUUUCUCUGGAGAGGAAGAAGAGAAUGAUAUGGGUCUUUCACGUGUGACAUUGAUGAGAUGAUGAAUUCAAAUCGUAUUUCAUUUGAACAAGAAGGAAAAAACCAAGAGGAAGAAAAAAAGCAUAACCUUUGAUUUCUUUCUCUGAACAUUUCUUCGAAGAAGCAAAAAAAAGAGAUAUCUUUUUAGAUUUUGUAAAUCUUUUCAAGAUUUGGUUUGGUCUCUUUCAACAAUUCAUAAGAAGCAGCAGUUGGUCUCAAGGCUGUUGCUAAAUCUGUGACCUGAUCAUAGGACAAGGGACCAUGUAACUCAAUUGAGGCAAGAAAGACACUCCAUUGAUACAUUUCGAUGGAGAAUUAUCCGGAAACACAGUUUCUACCCGGAAAUGCAAUGAUCCACAUGAACGCUACAGUUUCUUACUCGGAGGAAUUAGUUAGUAGAGAAAGAAUUGAAGCUAACAACAAUGUCUCAGCCUCACAAGAGAGAUCAAGACUUGGUCAACUUUCGCAAAUGCAGGACGUUGAUCAAGAUUUCGGUUCUUGGAGAGAUCAAGCGAGUGACAGGAACGGUUUCCAGCUAAUGAGCGCGAUGGCGGGUGCCACCACGGCGCAUCUUCAUACCGGUCAGGGAUUGUCACUUAGCCUUGGCUCACAGAUUCAUCCUGGAAUCCAUCAAAGUAUGGCGUCAAGAGCUGAGCAUUUCAGAGGCAAUGAGUAUGCAAUACAGAGCUUUCCUGGAGGGAAUCAGAACUUGGAUGUUGUGAGAACAAUUACAAACUCAAAGUAUCUCAAGGCGGCUCAACAGCUUCUUGAUGAGGCUGUUAAUGUAAGGAAAGCUCUGAAGCAGUUUCAAGCAGAGGGAGAUAAGAACAAUGAGAAGCCUCAAGAACCGGAUCAGAACACUCAAGACUCGUGCACCAAUCCUCCCGCUGAAAUAUCUCAAUCAGAGAGACAAGAAAUGCAGAGCAAGUUGACAAAACUCUUGUCAAUGUUGGAUGAGGUGGAUAGAAGAUAUAAGCAAUAUUACCAGCAGAUGCAGAUAGUUGUAUCCUCGUUCGAUGUGAUAGCAGGUUAUGGAGCGGCUAAGCCAUACACAGCACUCGCCCUUCAAACCAUUUCUCGCCAUUUCCGUAGCUUAAGGGAUGCGAUAUCCGGACAAAUCCUCGUGAUACGUAAGUGCCUUGGGGAACAACAAGAUGGAUCAGAUGGGAAAAGAGUUGGGAUAAUAAGCAGACUUAAGUACGUUGAUCAACAUUUAAGACAACAAAGAGGUUUUAUGCAACCUCAAGCUUGGAGGCCUCAACGUGGUCUACCUGAAAACUCUGUUUUGAUUCUUCGUGCUUGGCUCUUUGAGCAUUUUCUACACCCUUACCCAAAGGACUCUGAUAAGAUCAUGCUAGCAAGGCAAACGGGCUUGAGCCGCGGUCAGGUUUCAAAUUGGUUUAUAAAUGCGCGUGUGCGUUUAUGGAAGCCAAUGGUGGAGGAGAUAUACAAGGAAGAAUUCACAGAGAAUGAUUCCAACUCGUCUUCCGAAAAUACACCAAAGAGACUUGCUGCUGCUGACGAUGAUGAAGAUCGAGAUCAAGAGUUUUCACAAGACCAGACCAAACAGGACCAUGGACAUGAUGGAUAUGGUGAGGAAACAUGUGGCAUGGUCCAAGGCAGUCAAAUGGAUGGUCGCCGGUUCAUGGCGGUUGAGCCUACAUAUCAUGUGGCUGAGAUGUCAAGACUGGGUCGUGGUGAUGUUUCUCUGACCUUAGGGCUUCAAAACUCUAACGGACAUGAUAAUGUUACGGUUAUGUCUAGUGAGGCCUACAGCAACUUUUCCGGGGUAGAUUUUUACGAGACUGCCAUCCCUGGAACCGAACUGGAGUAUGUCCCCGGGAGUCGCCAGAACCGAACAAGUUCGUCCCAAUUGGUACAUGAUUUUGUAGCUUGAAGAAGAAAUUAAGCAAUGGAGAGAUUAAUAAAGCGUAGGUGUUAUAUAUGAUCAGUAUUAAUUCUCUAGUGUGAGAAAGUUGGUCAAGAAAAAGUUUUACAAAUUGUACGUAUAAAGAAAACAUUCUUUUCUCCAAGAAAUAUAAGUGAGGUUAGGUCAUUGGGACCAAACACAA